CCGAAAAGUGGAAUUGAAGUUUCAGUGCCAUCGUAAUAUAAAAAAAAUCUUGCGUUUAUUUUAAAUAAUAUUUUCUUUUUUUGUAUUAAUAUUUUUGACCUAAAAAAUCAGCACUUUGUUUUGGAUAAUUUCGCAUUUCUAAUAAAAUAACACUUUUGGCUUGCCAUACUAAACCCUAAAAAAAUUAAAAUGGCGGUCGUUUGAGUGAGGUCCGUGCUGGGGUAUGUUUAUUGUUUUAACGGAUUUUUGCCAAAAUUCGGUUUUUGAAGUAGAUUAUUGAGUUUUUAAUUCCAGCACUAGAUUAACAAGUUACCUCCCAACAUACUUAUGCAUUCAAAAGUAACCUACGCGACCUACGUAACCAGCACGUUCUAUUUGUAUUUGGGACGAUGAAAUUCCUAGCUACAAGAUAGAUAGAUAGAUAGAUAGAUAGAUAGAUAGAUGUGCAUAUUUUACAUGGCUAGCCUCACAAAUAUCGAGGGAUAUACCCUGUCUAUUAUUUCCAGGAGGGGCCAUGGCUUAGAUGGAGAGUCCUAGAGUAUUUAAUGCUCAUUUUGAGCUACGCAGACCCAAUUAGUAGGGCCCACGCUCUACUAGACAACUCCCGGCAACAUCCAACGGCCCACACAGUGUGCCAUCUCCCCAAUUUCCCUCACAUGGCUUGGGUUAACCCGGGGCUAUGGUAACAUUCACUCGCCCAUGUUGAAUCGCCGUCAAGAGGAAUCGAACCCCGGUCUCCCGCACAGAGUACGAAAGCUAUAACCACUAAUCUACGGCGCCACAAUUUUUUUACAAAAAAGUAAUCAUAAACCAUCUCGCAUGUCAAUUUGUCAAUUACACAUCACUGCAACAAUAUAUUUUUACUUUAUUAACGGGGUCAUUUCACAAAGCCUAAAAAUUGAUUUGCAGCUGUUCUGGUGUAAGCCCACUGUCGAAAAGAUGUUUGGUUAGCAUCAUUUCUAAUUUCUAAAUUUCUAAAAUUUUUCCCGAGAAACUAAUUAUUUUUUCACUUUUUUCUUUUUGUUUGACUUUAUUUUAUAUUUGUUAUUCUUUGAAUUCCAGGUUUUAAACAAUGAAUUUAAAUCAAGAAAAUAAGAUUGGUAAGCAAGCAUGUGAGGAUAAUGCAAAAGAUACCAUACCAUUUAGCAGAAACAAUGAUGAACCUGCAUCUAAAACUAAACAUAGGUUGACAAAUGCAGGUAUAAAUAUUCAUGUAUCAAGCUCAUUUGAUGGAAAAGACACAAAUUUAAUAAACAUGGACAAAAAUAAUGAUAUAGUUCAUUCCAAUGAAAACAUGACAUGCGAAAUUAUAGAAAGUGAACAAAUGAAUAAAAACUUUAAGAACCAAGUUCUGGACAUCUGCAGUGAUAGAGUAGAAGCAGCAACAGAGUGCAAAAUAGAUGAAACAUCUAAUUUGAAGACACCACAAAAAUAUUUUGGAGAAUAUUUUACUGCUCGAACUUAUGAAGAAUUUCAAACUCUUUUGGAGAAUUAUUUUGAAAGAACUGGAACUCGUUUUACUGUGUGUAAAAGAUCUAAAUAUUUUGGUCGCAGUAGUACAGAGUGUGAUUUUUCAAAUCACAAGGUAACCUGGCACGAGAAAGAAAAUCCACUGAAUCCUAUUGUUAGUUUUGAUAUGCCGUACAAUGGUAUACCACGCAUCAAUGUUGGGGAUUUCUACUUGCAGUGUCAAUUUGGAAGUGAUUUUGGUGCUUCAAAGAAGCUGAAGAGAGAGAAACAAGAGAAGUUGAGAGAUCAAAUUGGAGAAGGAAAGGACAUUAAGAGACGCUCGUUAAAAAUUCCAACUAAGAAGUGUGGCUGUCCUGCCAAAAUGUCAGUAAAACAAGUGGGGACUUUUCCUGAAUAUAAGAUCCCAAUUAAUAGUGAGUUUCGUAGAAGAACAGCUGCUGUUAAAUUAAGAAAGCAACUGAUUCUUGAUCCGAGCAGCGUGCACUGUGAGAUGUACAUACUUGGUAGAUUUCCUGAUAUGUCAGAACACAAAAAUCAUGGUGUUUUUGAGGGUCAUGAGCAUGAUAAGGAGAUGAUAGACAAAGAUAUCGUGUUAAAAAUACAACAGCUUCACAUGCAGAAUCUUACAAUUAGUGCAAUCAUAAAAUCGUGUGAAGACUUCGUUUUAAAUCACAUAUUUUACAAGCAAAAACCGCCUGAAAGGAAACGUAGAAAAUAUUUCCCCAAAUCUAAAGAUAUACGAAACAUUGUCACACGCAUGCGCAUUUUAUGCCAUUGCUCAGAAGAACAGGAAAAGAGAAUUUCUGAUUUUAUUGAACAAGCCAAAGGCGAAAAUGAGUACUUGAAUGCAUGUUUUGAUGUUAAAUACCAAGAUAGUCAUGAAGUUGACGCAGAGUCAUCAGAUGACGAGUUCUUUGAACCAGAUUCCAAUGGAAAAAAAAAUAAGAGAAAGAAAAAACCCAAGAAACCUGAAAGUAAAAAACAAACAUUUUUAUUCUGCUGUCAAACACAAAAACAACAGCGUCUGUUGAAGAGAUACGGUGGGAUAGUAUUUGUUGUUCGUGUGGAAAAUAAAAGUCGUGCAGCACCUUUUCACAUGUACAAUAUACUUGUUCAAACCAAUGUUGACUAUCAAACUGUGUGUUCGAUGAUUGUGAGUAGAGACAAUCAAGAUGGCGUAAAGAACGGUAUGACUUUGUUGAAAGAAUGGAACACAUACUGGAGCCCAAAAUAUUUUGUUGUGGAUAGCGUUAAAGAGAUAUACAAUGCUGUUGAUGAUUUAUUUCCAGCAUCGUACUUUUUGAAUCCUCAAUCUUGCGAAGACAAAUGGAUGGACUUUUUAAACACACCUUCAAACGAACUAGCUGAUCAAGCCGAAGAAGUGAUGGCCUUCUUGAGAAAUAUGGCGUACUCUACCACAGAAGAUUCUCUGACAAUCGCAGCAGCACUUUUUGAGGGUAGUAGUGCAUGGAAUAAUUCGUCCAAGUUGAGGACAUGGUUUCAAACAACGUGGUUGCAUAUGGCUAAGAAAUGGGUAUUUGGUUACCGUCCAGAAGACUUGUUAAUUACAAACCAUUGGAAGGUGAGUCCAAACGAGUGCGUAAAAAAGUACGAACAAGCAUUAGUAGAGGUGACACAUACAAAGUAUUGGUUGGAAACUGUUAUAAAAAGCGUUACAAAGAUUUCUGAAGAUGAUUAUAAGGAGUACGUCAACCGAAAUAAAGAGCUUUAUUUGACAAGUAAAGAGUUUUAUAGAGAUAACCCGAUAUCAAGUUGUUACCAAGGCGUUCCCAUGGCAAUAUUACCUCAUGUCUACGAUGUCGGUGUAAUUUCUCAACAAAAUAAAUUUGAAAUUUCAGAUAAUCAGUUAGGUCUCUUUACUGUAAAAUAUGAACCUGAAUUUGUUGACAUUGCUGAUGUUAAGAAACUAGAAACAACCGCUGAUCAACCUGGCAAAGAGUCUGGCACGUCUCCAAAAGCGGAUGCUACUAUAGAUGGCAAGAUUGAAGAGUUGAGCAAAGAUGUUUUACAAUCUGGAGAGUUUACUGUUUCAUUUGGUGAUUUAUGGAACUAUCCGUUUUGCACAUGUUCGUACUGGCAAAUGUAUAAACUGCCGUGCGUUCAUAUGUUUGCAGUUUUCUGUAAAGUACCUGAUUGGAAAUAUGAUAUGUUGGCUCCAUUAUAUCGUUUUGCAAAUGUACUUCAUUUCGAUUAUUCUUGUGUAGAUACAGAAAUUGACAAUAAAAGUUCUUCUUCUGACGCUAGUUGCCAAACCACAAUUCUAAGUCAGUCGGUCGAGAUUCAAAAAGAUUUGAAUGAGGAGAAUCUAUUUAUCCGUCCUCCAUCUGUUGACAAAAACUUUCUUCACCAAUGCAACGAAUUUUUGCUGCAUUUUGAUAAGUUAGCAAUUCUGUUCAAGGAUAAAAAACUGUAUAAGACGUUACGUCAUGAACUCCAGUCUUUAAAAAACGACCUGUUGUCGAAUGCGGUUAGUAAGAAAAAUCCAUUUGAAGUUUUAACUGUGAAACAUGAUUUUUCAAAUGAAAUAAAAUAUUCUUCUUCGCACGUAUCUCCUGAAUGUGUUACAAAGGUGAAGAAAUCUACAUACUCUGCGACGCAAAUGAAAGUUGCUGCAAAUAAAAAGAAUGUUACAGUCGUGAAAGUGGCACAGGGUGAUGACGUCAAUAGCGUGUUAGACGCACUUGCUCAAGCAAAUCCACGCAAAAGUUUUAAGGUAUAUAGAGAAGACGCCGCUAUAGAACUUCUUUCAGAGAAUUCAGCCGUAACCAAAUUGAAAAGCGAAACACUUACACAUCGAAUUUCAGAAGUAACUCCAAUUCUAUCAAAAGUUUCUACUAGAUCAGCGGAACGGAAUCUAACACGCACUGUCAUUGUUGUUAAGGCUGCGGACAAAGCAUCCAAGAAGGAGAGCGCAGGAUGUUUGUCAAACGUACCAAGGAAAUUACAACCAACGGUGUUGAAAAAAACUACAAAAAUGUCUACCAAAAGAACGACGAAAGGAAUCGUUAACGAAAAGUCUGAGUGUUCAUUCGCAACGUGCGCUUCGUCUAUAAAUAGGAGUCUCACUGAGGAUACUACAGUUAAAAACCCAACUAUUGCAAAGGAUGUCGGUCCAUUACUUGGAGUGUGUACAAGUCCUGUUUCUUCAUCAAUUGUUAGCAAUACGAAAUCCCACAAUUCCCGCACGCUGGCAGUGAAGUUAGAUGCUCAUUCUUCUAUCCCAAUAACUUUGGAGAAAAGCAAACCACGUCCUUCAAAAAACUAUCCCCGUAGUGUGGUAAUUGUAAAAUCUAAAUCACAAUCAGGCCAUGUUUCUGAUCAACAAGAUACAGAGAAACGAAAUUUAUCACCUAAAAGGAAAAGCGUUUCCGUGACGGAUUAUUUACCGAAUUUUAAGAAAAAAUGUCCAGACAUAUGAGUAUAUCAAAACUAUACUUCAAAAUCUUUUGACUUCUCUCAUUACAGGAUUAAAAAAAUAAAAUUGCAGUUUAUUUUUAAUUUUUAUUUGAACGUGGUAAUAGUUAUGUUGUGAUGUGUACAAUAUGUUAAUAUAUUGUUUUUGUUUUUCAAAAAUCUGUGAGCCUAUGUGCCACGGAAAAGCAUUUUGAAUAUUUUUAUGCCUUGUGAAUGCAGCGAUAAAAUUUACGUGUUUAUUGCAAAAUUUUCUGUAUCGUAUAAAAAAGGAAAAAUACACGCAGUGA